CAGUUGUUCCUGAGGGCUGAGGAGAGAACCGAGGAGGGGGCGCGGGUGGGGGGUGGGGGGGUGCAGCCGGCUCGCCCCCCGGGCUGGGGUCUGGCUGUGCUCCUGCCACUGGCCCUCCCUUCGGUCCCCAGCCUCUCCCCGCCCAGGCAAGGACCGGGUCUCUCCGAAGGGGGUGAAGGCCCGCCCAGGUCUAUUUAGAGAACUCCAGCUGGCCGCUGGAGCAGCAGCUGCCGAGCUGCAAGCAGAGCAGCUCUCAGCCCACCAGACCUGCCCUGCUAUUUCAGGCCCUCAGCUGUAGGGGGUCACUGGGGGUUUUCUGUGCUACGAGCUCACACUGCAACAACAGUGUCAGAUUUUAUUUUAUUUUCGAUUUCCCCCUUUGCUGCUGCUUUUCUUUUCACGCCGAGACCGUGUGGUCUCCAUGCGGUUGACCUCACUCCAUCCCUCAGUUUGCUUGUGGGUCUUGGGGUCAUCUUAGCAGAGCCGCCGCAGGGUUUGCACUCAGGGAGGGGCUGGGGGUCGAUGGGGUCAGGGGACCCCCCCGAGAGCGAGCUCAGAAAACGUGCCCUCUCCGCCCAUUCUGGGGCAGGGGAUCCAUGGACACCAUAAUUGCUGCUUAGUAGCUGUGCCUAGUCUGGUGUCCCCCAAAGUGUCGGGGGACCACGCGCACGCAUGCGUGUGUGUGUGCGCAUGUGCACGCGUGUAUGUGUGUAUGUGUGUGUGAGGGGCCCCGCCGGGGUGCAGUGGGGCCUGAGGCGUGUGUUCACAUUCAGGGCCCCAUUCAGCGAAGCCACCCAGGAUUGGGGAAGGCGGAGGGAGUGGCUGCAACCUGGAGCCUGGGGCUCGCCAGCCGGGGGAGGUGGGGGGGGGCUGCUGCCGCCAACACUAGUGAGGCAGGGAGAGCAGAAAUGCUCAGUAGACAUGUCUAUUUUUCUAAGCCACGGGGAUGUCUCCUAAUGGCUUCCCAAAGAGCAGGCACCUGCAGUCCACCCCCCCCACAGGCUCCUUCCUUGGGACCCCUGGGAUGCCCGGAGCACCGAGGGAGCUGAUCCUUCAUGUUUCAAUAGCUGUUGUUUUGUUUUUUCAUUUGGGAUGGAGUGGGGGGAGGGCCGAGCGGACCCCAGGGAUCCCCGAGUUCUGCAGACAGCCGAGUCCUGUGCGCAGACUACUCGGCUGGACAUGCAGACUCGGCUGAAGGAUUGUUUAAGGAGGCCACGGUCUGAGGGCUGACCCGGCCCUCCGCCCUGGGAACCAGUUCAAGGGACUCUAAGUUGAAUUUCCUUUUUGUUGUUGGCUUUUUGUUUUUUGUUGUUGUUUUUCUCCUUUUAAGGAAUUAUGAAGCUAAGAAAAGUUUUGUGCUUUGGGGGUUGAUGGACAAAAGUUCUAGCUGAUUAAAUAUGGUCUAACUUAUUGAUACUAUGUUCCCCCCCCCUUUAAUAUUGUACUGUGGAGAAAAACUAUUUUGAGCCAUGGAGUUGGUGUUUACAAGAACUUUUCACUUUUGCCAAAAUGUUACGAUUGAAAUGUUACGCAUCUGCGUCUUCAGUUUCCUAAUAUUUUCUUAAAAGAUCUAGUGUCCUUUUUGUACACUAAACAGGUGAAUGCUGAUUUUUUCAACCUACAAUAAAUUUCACUGAACCGAACCUAGCAGCCCCAAGUGCCUGGGAGCGUUUUUGUGUGUCACAGCCGGGGCCUCUUAGCCCCCUUGUGGGGGUGGGCCGGGGUCAGGAGGGUACCAAGCCCUGGAGCACCAUGGUGAUGAGCAGGUGUGUGGCCGGGGCGGGGGUGCAGGGAGGCCGGCAGGUGGAGGCUGACUGGCCAAGGCGAUGGGCACGCGAGGCAUGAGGUCAGACCGCCUGGUCGUAGGUAAGAAAGGAUGAAGCCUCGGGAUACGGGGGCAGUGGGGAGACACAGUGGGUAUAUGAGCAGGGCUGUGUCCCCCGGUGUCGACAGGGUAGACCAGGUCCAGCCGGGGCCUUCCGAAGUGCCACAGCCCCCAGGAGUAGUAGGGACACAUGGGGCCAGGGGAGUGCCCUUCCCUGGGGAAAUGAGCUGUGGCUGGGGAAAACAGCAGUGAUGGCACUGUUCUGUUGUUUCUUCCCGCCAGGCUGGCUCGCUGGGGCUGCCCCUGUGCCCAUGAUGGGGAUGGGGAUGCCGAGGCCCAGUGGAAUCCCCCAGGCCCAGGAUGCCGGCAGGGAUGGCUGUCCUUGUCCCAUGCUCCAGGUUUGCUAGAACGACUCACAGAGCUCAGGAAAACACUGCCAACAGCCACAUGGAGGGAGAUGCUGAAGGCAGGGUGUGGAGAACGGCACUGGGUGCCCAUGCCCUUCUUCAGGUGUGCCCCCUCCACACACCAUGUGUCUGCCCAGCCUGUGCAGUUUCGGGGUUUUUAUGGAGGUUCCGUUAGCAGCUCUCCGCGAUGGAGGCCACAGCCGAUUUCGUGGUCGAGAGCCCCGACGUGGUCUACGGCCCCGACGCCAUCGAGGCUCAGUACGAGUACCGGACAACGUGCGUCAGCCGCGAGGGCAGUGUCCUCAAGGUAUACCCCACGUCCACGCGCUUCACCUUUCGGACCGCCCGGCAGGUGCCCCGGCUUGGGGUCAUGCUCGUCGGCUGGGGCGGGAACAACGGCUCCACGCUCACCGCUGCCGUGCUGGCCAACCGACUGCGCCUGUCCUGGCCCACGCGCACCGGCCGCAAGGAGGCCAACUACUACGGCUCGCUGACGCAGGCGGGCACCGUUAGCCUGGGCUUGGACGCCGAGGGCCAGGAGGUGUUCGUGCCUUUCAGCGCACUGCUGCCCAUGGUGGCACCCGACGACCUCGUGUUCGACGGCUGGGACAUAUCUUCGCUGAACCUGGCUGAGGCGAUGCGGCGCGCGCAGGUACUGGAUUGGGGGCUGCAGGAGCAACUGUGGCCGCACUUGGAAGCCCUGCGCCCGCGGCCCUCUGUCUACAUCCCCGAAUUCAUCGCAGCUAACCAGAGUGCGCGCGCUGACAACCUCAUACUGGGCACGCGCGCACAGCAGCUGGAGCAGAUCCGUAGGGACAUCCGUGACUUCCGGUCCAGUGCUGGGCUAGACAAAGUCAUCGUGCUGUGGACAGCGAACACGGAGCGCUUCUGCGAAGUGGUCCCAGGCCUCAAUGACACCGCCGAGAACCUGCUGCGUACCAUCCAGCUGGGCCUGGAGGUGUCGCCCUCCACUCUCUUCGCUGUGGCCAGCAUCUUGGAGGGCUGCGCCUUCCUCAAUGGGUCCCCGCAGAACACCCUGGUGCCUGGGGCGCUCGAGCUGGCCCGGCAGCGACGCGUCUUCGUGGGUGGAGACGACUUCAAGUCAGGCCAGACCAAGGUCAAGUCCGUGCUCGUGGACUUCCUUAUUGGCUCUGGCCUCAAGACCAUGUCUAUCGUGAGCUACAACCACCUGGGCAACAAUGACGGGCAGAACCUGUCGGCGCCGCCACAGUUCCGCUCCAAGGAGGUGUCCAAGAGCAGCGUGGUGGACGACCUGGUGCAGGGCAACCCCGUGCUCUACGCGCCCGGCGAGGAGCCCGACCACUGCGUGGUCAUCAAGUACGUGCCAUACGUGGGGGACAGCAAGCGGGCGCUGGACGAGUACACAUCGGAGCUGAUGCUGGGCGGCACCAACACGCUGGUGCUGCACAACACGUGCGAGGACUCCCUCCUGGCCGCGCCCAUCAUGCUGGACCUGGUGCUGCUGACCGAGCUGUGCCAGCGCGUGAGCUUCUGCACGGACGCCGACCCCGAGCCGCAGGGCUUCCACUCGGUGCUGUCGCUGCUCAGCUUCCUCUUCAAGGCGCCGCUGGUGCCGCCGGGCAGCCCGGUGGUCAAUGCGCUCUUCCGCCAGCGCAGCUGCAUCGAGAAUAUCCUCAGGGCCUGUGUGGGGCUCCCGCCACAGAACCACAUGCUUCUGGAGCACAAGAUGGAGCGUCCCGGCCUCAAGCGAGUGGGGCCUGUGGUCACCACCUGCCCUGUGCCUUGCAAGAAAGGACCGGCGCCAACUGCCCCCAACGGCUGUACGGGUGAUGCCAACCGGCACUCGCAGGCCGAGGCACCCCAGAUGCCCACCACUUAAGGCCAUGGCCAUCCUUCUCCCCCAAAACUCUUGCCCCCGCUGCCCCUCAGGACCCAACCCUUCCAAGACCCCUGAAGACAAUAAAGCCAGUGCCACUAUCAGCCACAGCAUCACCUGUGGGUUCUCAGCGCCUGCGACCUAACCCUAACCCCCCCCCCAACUCCAGCCCCAUCUCCUGUUUUUCACGUGGUAGACUCCUACCUACCCUUGAGAAACUGAUGCCCCAGCUCUUGAAACUUCUAGGACCCUAGAAACCUCUGCCUAACCCCAUGAUGGGGGGACGUGGCCACAAGCCACAGCGAAGAAAUCUGAGACCAGAUACCAAAAACCAAAACCAAGUUACAUUUAUUGAUGGGGCCCACCCCUGCUGUCCAGGGGAAAGGAGGUCCCCAAGAACAAGGAGCCCCCUGGGACAAAAUAGAAAUGGCGGGAAGGGCCUAUACAGGAAAGAACGUCUCUGAGGUCCUUGCGUUUUGUUUUGUUUUUUGUUUUUUUUUAUAAAAUGAGAGUCCUUCGUG